AUGAUUUUACCGACCCGUAAUUCUAUGAAAUCAACAUUUACAAAACGUAUCGCAUUAAUUAAUGAAAAAAGAUCAAGAGAUUCAAUGCUAUCUAACGGUUGGCUACCAACAACAAUUUUUGAAAGUUUUUCUGUAAUUUCGCGCGUGUUGAUGAGCUUUGAA